GAUAUAAAAAGUUAAAGUAACAUUUAGUAGAGUAAUCUAAUUACAUUCCUACAAAAAUAUUAAAGAUAAUAAUGAAUAUACAAGGUGAGUCACCUAAUGUUUGUACCUCAAAUAUCUUUGUUGUUUUUAAAGAUACGUCAAAUGUCUUGAGGACAAAGUUGAAUGAUUCAAUGGGACUCACAGGAUACAAAAAAGAUUUUUGUUUUUGUCAUUUUUUUUAAAGAUACCAAAGUCACCUUCAUUUCUUUAAAUAGAACCACCCUUUCUUAAACACCUACAAUGAUAGUCCCUUUCAUUAGUAUUUCAGUGACUAUAAUUAUUCAAGGUCAGUCAAGGUCACGGACAGAGAAAACGUAUAAGACGUAUAAAACUAUUUCAUAAAUGUUCGAAAUGAUGGCCAUUUAUAUCGAUACAUUGCUGUAAACGGACUUUGAAAGAAUCUUGAACUCUGAUAAGUACAUCCGAGGUGAUAUUCGCACAUGCUGUGAUGAUACAUACACUGAUGCAUAUUUCCAACUGUUGUUAGAGGGUUUCUUUUAGCAAACUCCACAAAAAGAAAUCCAGUGGAUUUAAAUCAGGCAAACGUGCUGGCCAUGAAAUAGUUCUACCUCGUCCAGUCCAUCGGUUUGGGAACCUAGAAUCCAACGUUUCUCUUGCUACUCGUGCAUAAUGAGCAGCAAAGCCGUCACAUAUUAACCUUUCCUCACAAGAAAAAGGAUACUAUAAAAAGAAAGCAGGCGAAAGUAAAGUUGAGGCUCAAGGAUGUAUGAAGAAGAAAACAACAAUUGGAGAAUGUAUAGAGGAGGUUUUGGAAGCCGACAGGAGAGAGCAAGAAUUUCAACAAAACAUGCUUCAGUACAUAGAUUCUAUAGUGUCUAUGGGGGUUAAACAUAACAGUUUGAAGAAAUUAAAGUUCAUACUCAUACAUGUAAAUUGGUUUUUUAGAAGAGAAAUAGGAAUCAACAAAUAUGAAUUUUGUCCUGCAGAAUUUGCAGUCGCAGAAUUUAGCUUGGAAAAUGGCAUUGAAAAUAUAUAUCACGAAAUUCUCAACGUAAAAAUACCAUUAGGAUGGAAAAGAGAUGCAAUUGAAACAAGUCAGCAAACCCAUAGAAUACCUGUAGAACUUCCAGGAGGACAGAAUGACUUUUUAUUUAUGUAUGAAAAAUUGGUUGGGCUACUAGAAAGCAAUAAGACUGGAAACAAAUUGCCCCCAUUGUUUACUGUGAAAGAUAUGGUUCCUGCAGUGCAGUCAUUGCUAACAAAAAUGGCUGAGGCAGGAGGUACGUCUAUAAAUGACUUUCCAAUCUAUUCAUUGGAAGCACUUUUUGGAAAAUUGAGGAAUACUGCUGUGCAAAAUGUAGAUAAUUGCAGUAUACAUCUGGUAGUUGCUGAGAAUGAAUUUAAAAAAGAUAUUUUCUCGUCUGUCUCUAAUCUCGAGUGUGAUUUUCAUAAAGCUAUAGAUGGUUCGUCUCAGUACUGCAGUAUGUCUGUUGUAAAAAGAUGGGGUUUCACAAUAUGCGAUUAUUGUUGUGAAUUUCUCAAUGUACCAAUGAUCGAAGGAGUACAUUGCCCUGUCUCUCAGACAAUCGAUACUAUUUAUCAAGGUUCUAUGGACCUGAAUAGUAUUGAUACUCAACUGAAUUCCUUAAACCUCGGUAAUCCGAGAAUGGUAAUUGAAAUGAAUGGAGUAACUGAGGAACAUAGAAGAAAAGUAUCGGAACGAAGUUAUGCUGAAGAACAACGACGUCGUGGCGAAGUAAACCGUGUACAUGUUACCCCUCCCAGUGAAUUUAAUGCAUCAUCAAAUAGUGCAGUUUUAAUUGGUCGACCACUACGUCCUCCUAAAACAAUGUCACAAGCUGCUGCUAGUGAAGUAAAAGAAAAUACAAAUUGUUUUAAUUCAGCUGAUUUUCCGCCAUUAGGAGAAAAGAGUAAACCAAAGAAAGACGCAAAGAACAUUAAGCUUCCACUGGGAAGAGGACGUGGAAGCACCUAAACCUAGUAAUUGUUUUACUUUCUUAUCUUUUACGAUUUUUAUAACAAUUGAUUAUUUUACUUUAAACCUACAUAAGGCUACUUAUGCAUAAAAUUUAUAUAAAAUAUAAUACAUCGAUUAUAAAAUAUUUAAAAUUUUUUAUGACAAAAGAUCUGACACGUAUAUCUGUUAAUUAUAUUACUUUAAAGUAAGAUUUUAAUAAAAUAUGAUGUAUUAUUUUUAUAAAUAAA